AUGGCAGAAACUUACGACUACAUCAUUUGCGGCGGUGGAACAUGUGGUCCGGUCAUUGCUGGACGAUUGUCCGAAGACCCCAGCCUGAAGGUCCUUGUGCUAGAAGCUGGAAAUCCCAGCAAAGAUAUGGAUGAUGUGCAUAUGCCUGGAGCAUGGACGAAGAAUCACUCCGGGCACACAGACUGGAAUAUCGUAUCGACGCCCCAAGCUGGAUUGAAUGGCAAGGUUUGCAAUUUGCCCAGAGGACGCCUCCUCGGUGGUAGUAGUGGCACGAACGGAACGAUCUGCGUCCGAGGAGUCAAGCAAGAUUACGACGAUUGGGGAUUCCCAGAAUGGAGUGGCGAUGAGAUGUUCAGGGCCAUGAAGAAGGCUGAGACGUUCCAUCCGAAAGAGUGGUUCCCUCACGUUGAGGAUGCUCACGGAUAUGACGGCCCUCUCCAUAUUGCACCAGCCUUACCACCUCUCCCGAUCGCCGAGCGCAUGUUCGAGAACUUCAAAUCAAAAGGACUGCCUUACCGACCCGACAUGUUCAGCACCGGCGAGACGCCUAAUGGCUGCGGCCAUGCCAUGAGAACUACAUAUGAAGGAAGGAGAACAACGGCAGCAGAUUAUAUCACUGCCGAUCAGGAAAGGUCUAAUGUCACGAUCAUCUGCAACGCCACGGUGGACAAGGUCAUCCUGGAGCGUGGUGCCGACGGCACGCUGGAGGCCAAGGGCGCCGAAUACGUUGACAAAGAUAGCAACCGAACCAGGGUAAACACCAGCCGCGAGGUCAUUGUUGCCGGAGGCACAUACUGCUCGCCCGCGAUCCUCAUGCGUUCUGGCAUCGGACCAAAGAAGGAUUUAGAAGCUGUAGGCGUCCCAGUACAGGUUGACUUGCCAGGUGUGGGAGAGAACCUCCAAGACCACCAGUUGAUUUUCAUGUACUACGAACUGAAAGAGGCGGACCUCACAGACGACGCAAGAGUCAACCACGACCCCAACGCCUACGAGAACGGUCACAAAGAAUGGAUGGAGAAGAAGACCGGUUGGCUGGCAAACUUCCCAUUCGGUGCAUUCGGCUUCGCAAGGCUCAAUGACCGCCUCGAACGAGACAGCGAAGAGUGGCGAAACUUCCCUCGACGAGAGGGCCGCGAUCCAAUGGACCUCACAGAGACCCAACCAAAUAUGGAGUUCUUCAACACAAUCUGCUACGGCGGACCGCCGGAGUACACUGAUUUCCCCAAGGAAGGCCAGUGGGCUUUCUCGAUGUGCGCUUUCCUCUGCGGCCUGCAAUCUCGCGGCGAGGUGAAGAUCAAGUCCUUGGAUCCGUUCCAGCCACCUUAUGUGGACCCACGAUACCUGGACGACCGACGCGAUCUCCUCAUGAUGUCUGAGGGUGUGCGAUUCGCCAACGAGCUCGUGAUGGAAGGCGCUGGCACCAAAGACAUCGUCAAGGGCGGCUGGCCGCCGGGCGCAGAGCACCACAAGUACAAGACCAACGAGCAAUGGCAGCCCUUCGUCAAGAAAUACACCUCGACAUCGUAUCACCCUGGUGGAACUUGCAAGCUGGGCAAGAAGGAUGAUAAGAUGGCUGUGGUCGAUCAGUACCUCCAGGUGUAUGGUGUGAAGGGCCUGCGGGUGGCAGAUUGCAGUGUCAUGCCUACGCUGCACAGCGGUCACACAAUGAUGCCGGCGUUUGGUAUUGCUGAGAAGGCUGCUGAGUAUGUUCUGCAGGCUGCUCAUGCGGUCGACUUACAAUAG